CCUUCCUAACUCCCUCGCUUCCUUGCUUGCUCUCGAGACACCGCACGGCACGGUUGGCGUGAGUCCGGAGGGCUCCUAAGAUCUUCAGCAGGGGUGAAGUCUUCCCAACCAUGACCUCCACCGGCCAGGAUUCCACCACAAACAGGCAUCGAAGGAGUAGGCACAACCCCCAGUCGCCCCCUCAGGAUGCCGGUGUCACCUCGAAGCGAAGCAUUAAAAAGGGUGCUGUACCCCGCUCCAGCCCCAAUCUAGCAGAGGUAAAGAAGAAAGGCAAAAUGAAGAAGCUCGGCCAAGCGACCGAAGAAGACCUAAUCGUGGGGCUGCAAGGGAUGGAUCUGAACCUUGAGGCCAAGCCAGUGUCUGGCACUGGCUUGGUGUUGGAUGAGCAGCUAAAUGAAUUCCACUGCCUCUGGGAUGACAGCUUCCCUGAAGGCCCUGAGCGGCUCCAUGCCAUCAAAGAGCAGCUGGUCCAGGAGGGCCUCUUAGAUCGCUGUGUGUCCUUUCAGGCCCGGUUUGCUGAAAAGGAAGAACUGAUGUUGGUUCACAGCCUAGAAUAUAUUGAUCUGAUGGAGACAACCCAGUACAUGAACGAGGGAGAACUCCGCACACUAGCAGACACCUAUGACUCAGUUUAUCUGCAUCCGAACUCAUACACCUGUGCCUGCCUGGCCUCGGGCUCCGUCCUCAGGCUGGUGGAUGCGGUCCUGGGGGCUGAGAUCCGGAAUGGCAUGGCCAUCGUCAGGCCCCCUGGACACCACGCCCAGCACAGUCUUAUGGAUGGGUAUUGCAUGUUCAACCAUGUGGCUGUGGCUGCCCGCUAUGCUCAAAAGAAGCACGGCAUCCAGAGGGUCCUUAUCGUGGAUUGGGAUGUGCAUCAUGGUCAAGGAACACAGUUCACCUUCAACCAGGACCCCAGUGUCCUCUAUUUCUCCAUCCAUCGCUAUGAGCAGGGUAGGUUUUGGCCUCACCUUAAGGCCUCUAACUGGUCCACCACAGGUUUUGGUGAAGGCCAAGGAUACACCAUCAAUGUGCCUUGGAACCAGGUGGGGAUGCGGGAUGCUGACUACAUCGCCGCUUUCCUGCAGAUCCUGCUGCCAGUCGCCCUUGAGUUCCAGCCUCAGCUGGUCCUGGUGGCUGCUGGAUUUGAUGCCCUCCAAGGGGACCCCAAGGGCGAGAUGGCUGCCACUCCGGCAGGGUUCGCCCAGCUAACCCACCUGCUCAUGGGUCUGGCAGGAGGCAAGCUGAUCCUGUCCCUGGAGGGUGGCUACAACCUCCGCUCACUGGCUGAGGGUGUCAGUGCCUCACUCCACACCCUCCUGGGAGACCCUUGUCCCAUGCUGGAGUCCCCUGGUGCCCCCUGCCCGAGUGCCCAGGCUUCCCUCUCCUGCGCUCUGGAAGCCCUCGAGCCCUUCUGGGAGGUCCUUGUGAGACCAGCCGAGCCCAUUGAGGAGGACUACGUAGAGGAGGACGACAUGGAGGAGAACGAGGAGGAAGGACCUUGGGAGCCCCCUGUGCUCCCAAUCCUGACAUGGCCGGUGCUGCAGGCCCGUACAGGGCUGGUCUAUGACCAACACAUGAUGAGUCACUGCAACUUAUGGGACAACCACCACCCCGAGAUGCCCCAGCGCAUCUCGCGUAUCAUGUGCCGCCUGGAGGAGCUGGGCCUUGUCGGGCGCUGCCUCACCCUGCCCGUGCGCCCUGCCACCAACGCUGAGCUGCUCACCUGCCACAGUGCUGAGUAUGUGGGUCGUCUCCGGGCCACUGAGAAGAUGAAAUCCCGGGAGCUGCACCGUGAGAGCUCCAACUACGACUCUAUCUACAUCUGCCCCAGCACCUUUGCCUGUGCACAGCUGGCUGCCGGCGCAGCCUGCCGCCUGGUGGAGGCUGUACUCUCAGGAGAGGUUUUGAAUGGUAUUGCUGUGGUGCGCCCCCCAGGACACCACGCCGAGCAGGAUGCAGCCUGUGGUUUCUGCUUUUUCAACUCUGUGGCUGUGGCUGCUCGCCAUGCCCAGGCCAUCAGUGGGCGUGCCCUGCGGAUCCUGAUUGUGGAUUGGGAUGUCCAUCAUGGUAAUGGAACUCAGCACAUGUUUGAGGAUGACCCCAGUGUGCUAUACGUGUCCCUGCACCGCUAUGAUCAUGGCGCCUUCUUCCCCAUGGGGGAUGAGGGCGCCAGCAGCCAGAUAGGCCGGGCCGUAGGCACAGGCUUCACUGUCAACGUGGCCUGGAAUGGGCCCCGCAUGGGUGACGCCGACUACCUGGCUGCCUGGCAUCGUCUGGUGCUUCCCAUUGCCUACGAGUUUAACCCAGAACUGGUGCUGGUCUCUGCUGGCUUUGACGCUGCAUGGGGGGACCCCCUGGGGGGCUGCCAGGUGUCACCUGAGGGUUAUGCCCACCUCACCCACCUGCUGAUGGGCCUUGCCAAUGGCCGCAUUAUCCUUGUCCUAGAGGGUGGCUAUAACCUGACAUCCAUCUCCGAGUCCAUGGCUGCCUGCACCCGCUCCCUCCUUGGAGACCCACUACCCCUGCUGGCCCUGUCACGGCCCCCACUAUCAGGGGCCCUGGCCUCAAUCACUGAGACCAUCCAAGUCCAUCGCAGAUACUGGCGCGGCUUGCGGGUCACGAAGGUAGAAGACAAGGAGGCACCCUCCAGUUCUAAGUCAGUCACCAAGAAGGCACCCCAACCAACCAAUCCUGGGCCAGCUGAGGGGAUGUCCACACCAGAAGAGAAAGUUCUGGAAGCAGGCAUGGGGACGGCCACCUCAGCAUUAUCUGCGGAAGAGUCCACCCCGGGCCAGACUAAGUCAGAGAUAGCCGUGGUGGCAGUCACUCAGGACCGGUCCUCAGAGGCAGCCAAGGGGAGAGCUGUGCUGGGCCAGACCACCGCAGAGCAGGCUGUGGGGGGAGCCACUCUGGACCAGACCACCUCGGAGGAGACUGUGGGAGGAGCCACCCUGGGCCAGACCACCUCAGAGAAGGCUGUUGGGGGAGCCACGCUGGACAAGGCUACCUCAGAGGAGGCUGUAGGAGGAGCUUCGCUAGACCAGACCACCUCAGAGGCAGCCAUGGAGGGAGCCACCCUGGACCAGACCACCUCAGGGGAGGCUAUGGGGGGUGCCCAACUGAUCCAAACUCCUCUAGCCUCAUGCAGAGACAACCAGAACCCCCUAACCACACCUGUGCAGGGGGCCACACCCCAGACAUCCCCCAGUAAGCUGAUGGGGAGUCUCAGGACCUUGGAACUAGGCAACAAAUCUCAGGAGGACCCAGGCUCUCAGACCCCAGAAGAGGAGAGCCUACUCGGAGAGGCAGCUGGAGGUCAGGACAUGGAUGAUUUGAUUCUGAUGCAGAGAUCUGGGGACCUUACUGACACUGAUCAGGCCAUGUUUUAUGCAGUGACACCACUGCCCUGGUGUCCCCAUUUGGUGGCAGUAUGCCCCAUACCUGCAGCAGGCCUGGAUGUGACUCAACCUUGUGGGGACUGUGGAUCACUCCAGGAGAAUUGGGUGUGUCUGUCUUGCUAUCAGGUCUACUGCGGUCGUUACAUCAAUGGCCAUAUGCUUCAACACCACGGAGACUCUGGACACCCUCUGGUUCUCAGCUACGUUGACCUGUCUGCCUGGUGUUACCAUUGUCAGGCCUAUGUCCACCACCAGGCUCUCCUAGAAGUGAAGAACAUCGCCCACCAGAACAAGUUUGGGGAGGACAUGCCCCACCCACACUAAACCCCAGACCACCGCGCUCCCUCUUCUCCACCUCCUGAGGCCCAAGAUAGACCAGCCAUAGUUCAUUCCAACCUGUCCCUUGGAUGAGGGGUAGCCUCCCACUCCAUUCCAUCCUGAAUAUCCUUUGCAACUCCCAAGAGUGCUUAUUUAAGUGUAAAUACUUGUAAGAGGACUGCAAUGAUCACUUGGAUGAUCAGUUGUAGAUCUGUCCCUGCGCACUGCCUGCUCGAGGGACACCACUACUCCUCCCCAGAAGGAAAGGGGGGCAGCUCAGUGGCCCUAGAGGGGGAUGAUAUCAUGAGGGUAACAUUGGAGGGAGGGGGGUCAACUGGCAGGUAUGGCAGGGUUGCAUAUGUAAUAAAGGAUGACCUGUUA